AUGGCAAAUAAAAUAUUAUCAAUAGCUGACCUGGAGGAGGCGGCUUCUAACUCGCUAUCCGUCUCCGCAAGAGAUUUUUUCAACUCCGGUGCAACAAAUCAAGUCACACUUCACGACAAUUGUGCUGCAUACAGAAAGUACCGUCUCCUACCAAGAGUUCUGAGAGAUGUCUCACGUGUCGAUACUGGGGUUUCCCUCUUCGACCGAGAUAUCACAUUUCCGCUCUGUGUCUCACCAACUGGAAUGCAGGUUAUGGCCCACCCAGAAGGCGAGCUGGCCACAAGUAGAGCCUGUGCCAAAAUGGGCGUCAACAUGGGUGUCUCCUCUUAUGCUAAUCACUCGGUCGAAGAGAUCACCGUCGCCGGGAAAGAAGUGGCACCAAUUCACCAUGUGAUGCAGCUCUACGCGAUGAAUGACAAAGCUAAACAAGAACGAAUCGUUCGUCGAGCUGAGGCUGCGGGCUGCAAGGCUAUAUUUCUGACGGCGGAUAGUCCCGUACUUGGGGUGCGCUGGAAUGAAUGGCGGAAUGGGUUCAUGCCCCCCGUUGGCUUGGGGUAUCCUAUGUAUGAAAGAACGUCUGCCGAGAUUCAGCAACAAUCUCACGAUGAUGGGUUUAGCUCGACAAACUCGGAUUCUCAUUCCUGGGCCACGGAGAUCCCGUGGCUACGUAGUGUCACGAAGAUGGAGAUUUGGAUUAAAGGCGUUCUCACCCCGGAAGAUGUUGAGACUGCUAUCGAAUAUGGCUGCGAUGGAAUCAUCAUUAGCAAUCAUGGUGGUCGGCAGUUGGAUGAGACACCGGCCACAAUUGAUGCGCUUCCUGCUUGUGCCAAGGCUGGGCGGGGGCGGAUCAAGAUUCAUGUUGAUGGCGGAAUCCGAUCGGGGGUGGACAUUUUCAAAGCUUUGGCUCUCGGUGCUGAAUGCUGCUGGGUUGGCCGUCCUGCACUUUGGGGACUCGCGUAUGACGGUCAGCAGGGAGUCGAGCUAAUGCUCAAGAUCCUAUUCGAUGAUUUCAAGCGAUGUAUGCAGCUCACAGGCUGUAGAUCCAUCACUGAAAUCAGCCCGGCAAGUCUAGCAAUUGUAAAUGCAUAUGGGCCUUUGGCCAGACUAAAACGUGACCUCAAUUGCUCGUUGCACAGUAUGGAGUCCGACAAAGGCCCGCUUCUGGCUGUAAACGAAGUCGACGAUUCCGAGGACAAUGGCGUUGUUUCCAGCCACACCUGUCACAACAAACAAAGAACCCGCCCUUGUUGGGCGAGAACACUGAGACGAGGGCUAUGUGUCUUCGUGAUCACAGGUCUUGCUACCUACUAUCUAGGUUUCCCUCAUGGCUCUCCGUCUACUGAGGAUCCGUCCCCGUACCCCGACGCUCCACCGCUUUGCCAGUCGCAAGAAUGCAUUCAUGCUGCAUCCGAAAUACUCUACAAUCUGCAUCCCAAGUAUGAGGACAUAGAUCCUUGCACUGAUUUUGACCAAUAUGUCUGCGGUGGAUGGCGAGAGCGCCAUGACAUGCGGCCUGACCAGGGGUCGAUAUUUGCGGGCACAAUCAUGCAGGAGAACGCCCAGACUAAACUUCGUCAUAUCUUGGAGCGAACGGAACCGCCGCAGUCAUCUGAUGCUGACAAUUUUAAGAAACUCAAAGCUGCGUACGAUGCUUGCUCGGACGAGGCUACAGUCAGCAAACGGGGCAGCAAGCCUUUGACUAAUAUUCUGGAUGAACUGAAGACUAUCUACCCUGCGAAUCCAGGUCUCGUAAAAGGAGCGCAAGCUUCACUCACCAGUGCUUUGUUGUAUCUGGCGAACGCUGGUGUCGAGGCUCUGGCUUCUUCUGGUGUCACUGCCGACGAUCGAGACCCUGAUAAUGUCGUUAUCAUGAUCUCGCCGCCUCGCGAAAUCGGACUUCCCGCGAGAGAGUACUAUAAUAACACAAAAACUGUGGCUGACUAUACGACUGUUCUGAAGCAAGUUGUUCGGGGACUUGCUGGAGAUGGAUUCGACGAAACUGCCGAGGAUGUUGUAGCCUUUGAAAAGAAGCUUGCGGAUGUAACUCCGGAUACCCAAACUCAAGAAGAUGUCACCAAAUACUACAACCCCCUUAGCAUCAAGGAAACCGAGGCACUGGUACCUGAGAUAUCUUUUUCUGAUAUUAUUUCCUCUUUGGCGCCCCAUGACUACAAGGGUGAUCGUCUUAUUGUUGGCUCGCCUCCCUAUAUGAAGGCACUGUCUCUUCUUUUGAAAGAGACACCCAGAGAGACCAUUCUGCUCUUCUUGCAGUGGAAGCUUAUCCAAGCGUUUGCGGACGUUAUUGAGGAUGCCACCAUCGAACCCCUUCGGCGAUUCAAAAAUGAACUCGCUGGAAAAGAACCACAGGCCAAACAGGAGAGAUGGCGUAAAUGCCUUGGGCGUCUGGAUGGAGGCCUUGGAUGGAGUCUCAGCCGUUUCUAUGUGCUCGAUGCGUUCUCUGAGGACUCGAAGAAACUUGGCGAUCAGAUUGUGUCCGAUAUCAAGGAGCGCUUUAUUUUCACCCUGGAUCAAACCAGCUGGAUGUCCCCGGAUGUGCGAAAGCUGGGUAUUGAGAAGGUGGGAAACAUUGUCCAGAAAAUUGGAUUUCCCACAAAGAGUCCCAAUGUUUUGGACCCCGAGGAUGUAAACAACUUCUAUCGGGACCUGGAAUUAUCCAAAGACACUUUCUUUGAGAAUGAGGUGGCUGUGGCACGCUUCCAACUUCGCAACGAAUGGUCUAAGCUCGGCAAGCCCACCAACCGCGACGAAUGGGACAUGAGCGCACCGACUGUCAACGCCUAUUACAACCCGCCUGGUAAUGAGAUCGUCUUCCCUGCCGGCAUCAUGCAGCCGCCAGCGUUUUACGGGCCUUCCGCGCCAUUGUAUCUGGCAUAUGGCGCAUUUGGAGCCGUCAGUGGCCAUGAACUUUCACAUGCUUUCGAUUCUACCGGUCGACACUACGACCAGAGUGGAAAUUAUACAAACUGGUGGGACGAUAAGACCGUCGAGGCGUUUGAAGAGCGUGCUCAAUGCUUUAUUGAUCAGUAUUCCAAGUUUACCGUGACUGGUCCCGAGGACAAGGUCCUCCACGUGAACGGACGACUGACAUUAGGUGAGAAUAUUGCCGACGCUGGAGGUCUGACAGCAGCGUAUCACGCAUGGAAGAAGCACGAUGAGGCAAAGCCUGAGCCUCACAUCCCGGGAUUGGAUGCAUUCACGAAAGAGCAGCUGUUCUUUAUAUCUUAUGGUAAUUGGUGGUGUGGGAAGACUACCAAGGAGGCGGCUGAACAGGCGAUCUAUAACGACCCCCAUGCACCUAAAUCAGCGCGAAUUAUCGAAACUAUGGCCAAUUCUAGAGAGUUCAAGAAUGCCUUUAGUUGCCCAGAUAGGAAGCCAACUUGCAAACUUUGGUAG